AGCACUUCUGUCCCUCGCCGGCUUCCAUAGCUCGAGCCUGACGUCACGUCAUGAAAGUUUAGGGCGCGAAAUGAGGUCGCUGUAGUGUAUGCGGUAUCAGCUGGAGCUCUGUUCUUGUGUUGUACGCGGCCGCCAUGGACCAAGUGUCCUGUAUGAAGAGCUUACUCCUGGCAGUGGCGCAGUACAGGAGCUGCAAGAACGAGGCCAAUGGGGCAGCGCUGCAGAGACAGCUGGAGGCCUUCCUGGGGCUAAAGCUCAACAAGCUGUUUGUGUCCAACCACAUCCUGCCCAGUGAGUGUCUGAGCAGCCUGGUGGAGCUGAUCGAGGACCCCAACACCAGCCCUGCCGUCACCCUCAAGACUGUCACCCUGCUCUCCAGUCUGGCUUCUGAUGUUCAAACAAGAGAAACGCUUCAUGCAACCUACAAUAUGAUCAGUGUGCUGGCUGGUGUGGUUCAUAGAUACAGUUCUAUCCUGAAUGAUCCUGUUUUGUUACAGAGCAUUAAACUGCUGCAAAGACUAACCUACAAUAUAAGAGUUCUACAUGCAAGUGUCAACAUAGAAGAAUUAAUUUCAUUCCUGAUGAACAGAAUUCAGUCACCUGAAGAUGAUCUUACAAUGCCAUGUCUUGGUCUUUUGGCAAACCUGUGCAGGAACAAUCUUUCAGUCCAGUCACAUGUCAAGUCCUUAAGCAAUGUUAAAGGAUUCUAUCGUACAUUGAUUAGUUUCUUGGCUCACACCAGUUUGACUGUUGUAGUAUUUGCACUCUCAAUACUGGCUAGCCUAACCUUAAACGAAGAAGUUGGAGAAAAGCUUUUUCAUUCCAGAAACAUCCAUCAAACAUUUCAGUUAAUAUUUAACAUUCUUGUAAAUGGGGAUGGUACAUUAACCAGGAAAUACUCAGUGGAUCUCCUUAUGGACUUGCUAAUGAACCCCAAAAUUGCAGAUUAUUUAUCAAGAUAUGAACACUUCAAUUCAUGUCUUAUUCAAGUACUGGGCCUCCUACAUGGCAAGGAUCCGGAUUCAGCUUUGAAGGUUUUAGAAUUGUUGCUGGCUUUCUGCUCAGUCACCAGCUUACGCCACAUGUUGCGACAGACAAUCCUGGAACAAUCGAGUAUUCCUGCAGCAGGGAAUGGGAGACUUGGGCCACGUACAAAAUCUCCUGAGCCAGCUGUAGCUCUUGUUCAUUGGUCAAGCCAGGCCCUGGAAGCUCCCCAGAACUGUGCAGUACUCGCACUAGAGCUCUUUAAGGAAGUUUUUGCAGAUGCUAUUGACACUGGAACCAACCAAUCUGCAGAAAGGAUUGUUGACCUUCUGUUGCCAGUUAUCCUUGAGCAACUUCAUGUUCCUGAUCUUCCUUUGGAUGAACAAUUGACAAAAAAGAAAUGUGAAAGAAUGGUGAAAUCGGUGGAUGUAUUGAUUACGCUUUGUUCUGAUGACAUGUUAAAAUCCCGCAUAGCUAUGAAGCUUACUGUCAACAAAUGUGUUGCUCUUGUUGACUAUCAGUAUACAUUCUGUGCUGCAGAUUCCUUUGGUACCAAAAUGGUGGAUUCAGAACUCUCGAAUGUUUCAUCAGAUGUUAUACUGAAGACUUUGGAUGUUAUGAGCAGAUUAAAACAGUUGGUCAAAAAUAUGGAAGCUGCCUUCUAUAAGAUACUACAGGACCAACGUUUGAUCCCAUCACUGUCUUUUGCAUUAACCUCUGAUAACAGAGAGAGAGUACAAGCUGGACUUCGAAUUAUAUUUGAAGCUGCACCACUGCCUGACUUUCCAGCAUUUGUGCUUGGGGAAAGUAUUGCUGCUAAUAAUGCAUACAUACAGCAAGAAACAGAUCAUCCAUCAAAAAGAUUUGGAUUGCAUGUUGCUGUAAACAAUUGUAAACCACCACAGGCCCCUAAAAAAUACAGCAUGGAUACAUCGUCUUCAAAUAUCCAGGAUCUCAUUCAAAAACUACAGUCUGGAAUGGAGUUGAAAGAACAAGUGAAUGAUGUUAGGAUUUCCGAUAUUAUGGAUGUUUAUGAACAAAAACUGUGUGCGCUCGCUUCUAAAGAAAGUCGGCUACAGGAUCUUUUGGAAGCAAAGACCUUAGCUCUUGCUCAGGCAGAUCGGCUUAUUUCACAGUACAGAUGUCAAAGAGCUCAAGCUGAAGCAGAGGCAAGAAAACUGGCUACAUUACUAAAGGAGGCAGAAAGGAAGAGCGAGGAGCAGAGCUUGCUUCUAAAGUCUCAACAACUUGAGUCUGAACGAGCAAAGAGUGACAUUGAGGAGUUAUUCUGGCACAGCAAGAAGCUACAGGUUGUAGCUGAAGAGCAUGAAAAACUAAAAGUUUGCUAUGCUGAUCACAUAUUAAAAUAUGAACUCUGUGAAAAGCAAUACAAGGAGCUGCAGGGAUCAUACAGUGUAUUAAGUAAGCAAGCUGAAACCAUGAAAAAGCUGAAUGACUCCCUUAAGCUACAGAAUGAAAAAACUUUGGCACAAUUAGAAGACAUUGAAAAUCAAAGAAAAGAAUUGUCCAAGCAGCUCCAAGAUAGGGAGAGUAAAAUAUUGAAUUUUCAACAGAAAGUAAAAGGCUUAGAGGAAAAGGUUAAAGCAAAACAAAAAGAGAAAGAAGAUAUGGAAGAAAAUAUUGAUGUCCUUCGUAAGGAAUUAAGUAAAACUGAACAAGCAAGGAAGGAACUGAGCAUUAGGGUGUCUUCACUAGAAGUUCAGAAAACUCAGCUAGAAACCCGUUUAGAAGAAAAAGAAGCAAUUGUAAAAUGCCAACUAGAAGAGCUGAACAAACAUUCACAUAUGAUUGCCAUGAUACACAGCCUAAGUAGUGGCAAACUCAAUACAGAGACUGUGAACCUCAGCCUAUAGUAAAAUUGCUUUAGUGUACUUUUGUCGUGUACAGCAAGAUUAUAACAUCACAGGGAAGAAUGAUCAUGCUACGCAGUACCUUUUUAAAUAAAAUACCAAUCUUCAGAACUGCACUUUUUAAUGGUUUUAUAGUAAAAUAUCUACUUUUUUUUUCUUCAUAUUUUUCGGUCAUCUUGUAUAGUAUAAAGCAGUUCUUGAAUAAGCUCAAAUAGUGUAUUAAUAUAUAGGAAAUCCAUCAGCUGUUUUUGCUGCUAAAAGCUGCAGACACAUUUAGAUAAUUGUUAGAGCAUAAAGGCAAAGAGUACCUUUUACUGAAAAUGAUAGUGGUUGUCAGACUUAAGUUGCCCUUUUCAUUUCUCAGUAUAGUGUCCCGUCAAGGACGCGAAGCCAAGCUGAUGAAGUGCCACAGCCUGGUUUGCCUCCUUUCUUGCACAGGGCUUUGUCAAUCAGUCAAGAAGAGGCUGUAAGGCGAUUAAGCUUAGCUUAAAAAAAAAAAAUGCUAUUUUUAUAAGUCUGACAGUCACCAUCAGCUCCUGGAAAGGUUCAGUUUGCCUUUAUACCCUAACAGCUAUAAAAUUGUGUUUGCGACUCUUGGCAGCAAAUACAACUGACAGAUCUUCUUUUUAAAGUUUAUUGUGUAAUAAAACAGUUAUCUCUGUAAUAUCCUCUUGUUUUAAUUCUUCACAAUUUUUUAAAUCGUUGUAUGGAAACAUUCACUGUUUGGCUAUGUUCUCACAGCGGAUUUCAAUGAGAUUCUGCUGCACUGUGAACAUGGUGGAAUUUCCACGGCAGAAACUUCUGCCGUGGAAAUCCUGAUUCCUGCAUCUGCAGAAAGAAUAGACCUAUCUAUUCAUUCUGCAGAUUCCGCUUGGAAAUGCAUUGCCUUCUAAAACAAGUUGCAUUUCCAAGUUGUCCUGCUGGAACAUUUAUAUGCGUUGAAUGUCGUCCUUUGUUUUCUGGGCAGACAUUGCACACAUUUUCGGCCGAGUAAACAUGGCCUAAGCAUGGUAAAAACACAUUGAACACAUACAGUUGAAAGUUGCAUGAGAUAUUUUAUUAUACUUCUUCUCUCUUGUUCUCCUGAAAGGUGGGAGUCCCAGCACUGAUCAUCAGUGGUCAAAUUUACAUUUCUCGGUCGCUCUUCUUUGGGGGACACCUUACUGAUGGGUAUAUGCUCUUGCCACUAGGAGGCGCUGACACUAGGAAAAAAAAAAGUUGGCUCCUCCCUGGCAGGAUAUACCCGCCCACUGGAAGUGAGGUAACCAGCUUUAGCUAGUGUCAGCAGGAGGCAAGACACAGGUGUGGGAGCUCCCCAGACCUGGUCUUUUUUUUAACUUUUUUUUUUCCCCUAGUUUCAGUCUGAAGUUUAGUUUUUCUUUGUUGAAACAACUUUGUUGCUUUUUCUAGCAUGGCGCUGCCUGAUCUCCCACCUGCGAGCUAGGGGCACGGUGCAUUGCUGGAUGGGCCGUUAACCUCUCCUCGACAACAACCAGUGCCUGGUGGUGUACCCUGGAUCCGGGUCCCCCAUUUGCCCCUGUUUGCCUGCUGAGCUGGCUUAAGGCAGGUGGCCCUAGCUGGUCGAAGUCUUCGAGGGUGAGUAUGUGGCGGCUGGGUAAGUAUACAAACCUCCCGCCAUGAAUUAGCAUAUGUUCGGGCAGUGAGGGGUUAACCCACGUUCCUUUACUCUGCAGCUAUAUGUCCCUAUUCUGGGGCUGGGUUUUGGGGUCCUGGCAGUGAGGGGUUAACUUUUAUUCAUGCAGUUUUUUUAUUCAUGCAGCUUUGGCUGCAUCUCCUAACUGGUGGGGGGUUGCCAGGGAGCUGCGAUAUCCUUUUCCCGGCGGGACCUUUUUACUUUGACUUUGACAGUCCCACCGGCUGGAGCGUUUCCUCCUCACCUCUGUGCCGGGUCUGUUGUGCGGACCUGGCGGGUGGUGCGCUCCGGGGUAUCGCACCGGCGGGAGUUCAGGGGACCAUGGUGGCCGUAGAGCCGCCCUUAACCCCAUAAGAUCUCUCUGUCUCUCUCUCUGUCUGUCUCUCUGUCUCUCUCUCUGUCUCUCUGUCUCUUUCUUUCUCUCUUUUUCUCUUUCUCUCUCUCUCUCUUCCCCAGGCAAGUGCUCCUAUAGCUCGCUGCUCCAGGGGCUUCAUGUUGCAUAUGGGACAUAAAUAAAUAAAUAAAAAUAUGCCAUGGAGCAUAGGCAAACCACCGUGGCGGGUUGUUGCCGGAGCUUCACGUUUCCUUGGAAACUGCUGAUGGAUAUAUUCAAGCACUCAUUCAAUGUCAUACUAUGUACAAGCCCUUUUGCGUUCCUGUGAGAUGCUCAGUUUCUUUUGGGAUUUUGCAUCUGUCAGGUCUGCCGGCCUCCCAUCCUCGGGGUGUUAUAAGCAUGUCAUGCUCUAUGAUUCCCUUCGGGUAGUGCUCUGGUUCAACGGUAGGUCUCCAUGGGAGUAUUCCUGAGUGGGCAUGGAUUGGUCAUGAUAUUAUUAUGCCAGACAGUAGUCUCACAUGUCACGGCUGCCGAGUCCGCGGCUGGUGCACCGAUACCCCACUGCUAGUGUGAGGUGUCCGAAGGAGUGAUCCGUUGUGUACUAUGGACCCAUGCCAGUAAGCCAGACAGUGAUCUGCAUGGUUUUCUCUGCCGCCUGUCACACAUCACACGGAGGAGUCUGAUGGAGUUGACCCGUUGUCUACUAUGGUCCUAUACCAGUAAACCAGACAGUGAUCUGAAUGGUUUCCUCUGCUGCCUGUCUCUUCUUCAAGGACUGCAGUAUCUGCGUCUGAAGUUUCGGUACCCCACUGCCAGUGCGAGGUGACUGCUGGAGUGCCCCGUUGUCUACAUGGACCCAUACCAGUAAGCCAGACAAUGGUCUGCAUAGUUUCCUCUGCCGCUUGUCACACAUCACACGGCUGAUGUAUCUGCAGCUGGAGUUCCAGUACCUCACUACUGAGCAAGAUGUAUGCUGGAGUGAACCAUUGUCUACUAUGGACCCAUACCAGUAAGCCAGACAGUGGUCUGUAUGGUUCCUACAUCGCCUAUCACGUGGCUGAUGUCGCUGCGGCUGGAGUUCCGAUACCUCUCUACUGCGAGGUGCCCGACGGCAUGACUUGUUGUCCACUAUGAACCCAUACCACUAAGUCAGACAGUGGUCUGCAUGGUUUCUCUGCCGCCUGUCACACAUCAAUCGGCUGAUGUCUCUGCGGCUGGAGUUCUGGUAACUCACUUCUGUGCGACAGGUCCCAUACCAGUAAGCCGGACAGCGGUCUGCAUGGUUUCCUACACCGCCUGUCAAACAUCACAUGGCUGAUACAGCUACGGCCGGACUUCUGGUACCUCACUACCGUGUGAGGUGCCUGUCGGAAUGACUUGUUGUCUAUUUUGGACCCCUACCAGUACGCCAGACAGUAGUCUGCAUGGUUUCCUACACAGCCUUUCAUCGGCUAAUGUAUCUGAGGCUGGAGUUCUGGUGCCACACCGCCGGGCGCGGUAUACGUAGAACCGACCAAGUGUUUCCUGCGGACCCUAUCGGAUGACAGGGAUGCAUUUAGGGCUGCAUCUAACGAUUAUUUUAAUAAUCGAUUAGUUGUCGAUUAUUUUAUCGAUUAAUCGAAAAAAAACGUCAAUGCCAAAAUCAGGGGUCCAGCUGAUUCUAUUUGAAGAAUUAUGUACAAUGGCCAUAUUAAAAGUAUUCUAGCAUGUGAUGUGACCAAACAGCAAUUUUUGACUUUUUUUUUUUCUCUCUUAAC